GCGCAGUACGGAAUCGCAUACGUGACGACAAGCAAGUUAGCGCUAGCUUCCUCCUGCGAGAUUUCACCGGUUCGUCUGUCUGGUUGUCCUGCAGCAUGUUCAGAGCCGCCGUCCGACUUUCGGUCUCCGGUGUCCGGAGUUUAACCCGUACGCAGCCAGGGUGCCAAGCUCUUUUGGCCUCAAGGUGUUACUCGCAUGGGAAACAAGAGACAGAUGAGGAGUUUGAUGCCCGCUGGGUCACCUAUUUCAACAAGCCAGACAUUGAUGCAUGGGAGCUGAGAAAAGGGAUGAAUACAUUGAUCGGCUAUGAUCUGGUGCCUGAACCAAAGAUUCUUGAGGCAGCCCUGAGAGCUUGUCGGAGGUUAAACGACUUGGCCAGCGCUAUCCGAAUUCUGGAAGCUGUGAAGGACAAAGCUGGCCCUCACAAAGAGAUCUACCCGUAUGUGAUCCAGGAGUUGAGGCCAACAUUAGCCGAGCUUGGCAUCUCUACCCCUGAAGAGCUUGGCAUUGACAAAGUGUAGAGGAGAAGAUUUAACAUUGAUGACUUCAACCCGGACAAAGAAACCUUGUACUUGAUGUUUGCCUCAUAUAAUACAUGUGAUAUUUAAUUUGACCUUUAUUAAGUUUUUUGCUUGUAUAAUAUUGAUGAACUUAAUAAAGGAAAAUGUAUCUUUACUGAGUGUCACAAGUAUGUUUGGCAUAUUUUAAAUAGUUCAGAGUUCUUAGUGAAGCAAUACAUUCAUUACAAGUUGCUUUAACAGGGGAGCAUAGCAUCAAAUAAUGGUGCAUGGUGUCGUGAGUGUGUCUGGAUGUUUUUGUGAAAGUUAAAUUUUGCCACCAGGGAGCAGCGUUUUCACGUGAAUGUAAAAAUCAUUCUACUGUACCCAGUCUACAUUACAUCUGUUUUCAUUUCAGGGAAAGUUUUCAUGCUGGUAAAAUAAACUUGUUCAAAAGACAAA